UCAGGAAGAGCACCUCGUGUAAACAUCAGCCGACAUUCCUGAGUGGCUUUCCUCUGGUCCUCACGUCACGCCGAAGGAUAGCGGUAAUGCACACUGGCGCUGUUUGACAACCGCCAAUAAAACCCACGAAGAAGAACCCGAGGACGGUUUGGAUAAUGGCGGGUGUUCUGACAGAGAAACUCAUUGCUCGUCAUGUGUAUUCUUCAUUGGAGGCUGCGUCCUGUCCCUUGGUUGAAGGUCUGUACCUGCAGGAAGCAGACAGUAUGCUGCAGCUGCUGUGCUCCCCCUCACAGCACCGCACGGACAUACUAGCGUGGAUCUGCAGCAGUAUCAGCCCAAACUUCACCAGUUCAAAGGCGAUGUCAGUGAGAUCCAAGGAGCCUGAUGUUCUGACUAAAGAUAUGGCUGUUCUUGGGCAGGAACUUUUGCUAUGCAGAGCAUCUGAUGUGGACCUGAUUAGGGGUGAUGCAAGUCCUCGGCGGCAGCUUCAGUUUCUGGAGCAGCUUUUAACUUUGGUCCCAGGCGGCGUGAAGUCUGCCGGGCACGCAGCUGAUGGAGAGCUGCUGCUGAAGGAGUUCUUUGGUGCUGAGAGUCUGCCUCACCUCACACAGACACUCAGUCCUGCGUUUGACCCUUGGCCUACACCCAUCAAGGCUCUAUGGAAGAACACCAAGUCAUCUUAUAAGCCAAACAGAGAAGAAAAUAGAGAUAUUGUUGCCCUUCUACAGGUGACUCAAUCAGCACUGGAGCAGCUACAGUCAAAGUGUGUAUUCCUGAACAGUGAGGCCCAGAGUCCUCCCGCCUUCUCUCCAAGCUCACUGCGUGUAGCAGCGUCUGACCUCCAGCAACUGAUGGCCACCUUCAGCCAUGUUUAUGAGACAGACCUGAGAGUUUACUGCAGCAGAGACCCCCCCAGCUUCAGCUCAGAGACAGAAGUCUUCCAGAGGGUCCAACAGCUACUGCUGGCCUGCAACACGGACAGGAACAUAGUGACGUGUUCUGGUGUGUGCGUCCGUCAGGAGCUGGAAAUGCUGAAGGAAGUGUCAGAAGCUUCUGAGUCCGUGAGCGAGGAGGUGAAGCAGCUUCAAACGCAGCCUCGCUACUGGAGCCGAGCAGAGAAGCACACGUUACCUGAUCAACUGGAGAAGGUUAUUGGGCGAAUUGGAGGCUUUCUGUCUCAGCUUAGUUCAUAACGUCAUUCAGAGGGAUGCACUCAUCAGAUUCAGCGAGGAUGCUCUGGUGGUGUUAAGAUGGAGACAGCACAGCUUGGACGUGUUUCACAGAGGUGUGAGGGACAGACGUGUGUGGUCACUGCAGUCAGACACCCUGUUUAAUCUGAGCAUGACUGACAUGUUGUGUGAAACAAAGUGUUGGUGGGUCGAGAGUUUUUACAUCGUUUUUUUGGAGAAAUCAUUGAUGUCAUUAAACAUGUUGCUAUGCUU